AUGUUAUACGAGUUAGUGGGAAUCACCAGGGUGAUCAGAACUUCACCUAAUGAGGAUGUUAAAGCAGAAAUCAAUCCCAUGGGGAUUAAGUUUCUGCCAAAGAUUAUGACAAAAACUCAGGAGAAGCAUUACAAAGGCAAUCAUUUCAUGCUGUUGUUUGAUUCCUCUCCCACAGUUCAGUCCGAAAUUUUGAGGACAUUGAGGAAUGAUCCACGAGUAGUCCGUGCUAAUGUCUUUAAGGUAACCCACUCGAAAGGGGCCUUAGACAUUGCAUCAUGUUUUUCUAGAACGGACUCUUAA